CUCUCCUGACUAACAGAAGACACUUGAUCAGCUGUGAGCAAACAUGGAGCUGGACAGCCUGAGGGGUCUGAGAGAGAAACUCACACUUCGUCAUGCUAUCAUCAGAGAGUUUCUAGCGGAAUUCCUCGGGACAUUUUUGCUCAUACUUUUUGGCUGUGGCUCAGUGGCACAGGCUGUGCUCAGCAGAGGAGCUGUGGGUGAACCGCUCACCAUCCACAUUGGCUUCACCACAGGAGUGAUGCUGGCUGUCUAUGUGUCAGGAGGUGUAUCAGGAGGACAUGUAAACCCAGCUGUAUCUCUAGCUAUGGCAGUCUUAGGGAAGUUUCCCAUUAAGAAAUUCCCAGUGUAUGUGGCUGCCCAGUUCAUUGGUGCUUUUGCAGGCUCUUGUUCUGUCUUUGGCCUAUACUACAAUGCCCUCAUGGACUACUCCAAUGGACAGCUGCUGGUCACAGGUGAAAAUGCCACCGCAAACAUCUUUGCCAGCUAUCCAGCAAAACAUCUCUCAGGCCUCAAUGGGUUUUUUGAUCAGGUGAUUGCCACUGCAGCUUUGGUACUGUGUGUCCUGGCCAUUGUGGACAAGAAAAACAUCGGACCCCCUAAAGGGAUGGAGCCACUACUCAUUGGUUUCACAAUCCUGGCCAUCGGAGUGUCCAUGGGUUUUAACUGCGGCUAUCCCAUCAACCCUGCCCGAGACUUGGGACCCCGGCUUUUUACCGCUGUGGCAGGCUGGGGGGUGGAGGUGUUCAGAGCGGAUGGUUGCUGGUGGUGGAUCCCAGUUGCUGGCCCAAUGGUGGGGGGUGUGUUGGGAGCGAUGAUCUACUCUCUGCUGAUUGAGCUACACCACCUGCCAGAGGAAAAGCAUGAGGAGAAGAGCAAUGUUAAGGACAAGUAUGAAAUGAUCACCAUGAGCUAGGCAGAGGACAAAUGCCACUCUGUCUCUACUUCAGCUGUAGUGCAGAACCUCUUUUUCUUCUGUUUUCCUUACUUUUUUUCAUAUCCAGGAUGAUGCUGGCAUUAUUAUAAAUCCCACAAUUAAACUAGAUGGAAAGUAUCACAGAAGCAGUGAUCAGAUCAACAUAAGCUUCUAAUGAAGUAAAUUGAAACAAUGCUAAAUUCCCGAAUUAUAUGAAGGUAUUAUCCAGAUAUCCUUCAGGGAUUAAUGUUUCCUUGUUCACAUGUUCAUUAGAUAGUCUUAUCAGUCUCAUAAAUAUUGAAUCUUUGUUAAUUGCACCACUAUUAUUACCUAUUGUGAUCUAUUUGCCUAUCUACUUAUUGCAUAUUUUCUUAUCAUUUUACUCCACUGUAUAUAUUUGAUAUGUAAACUAGUAUCAGUCGCCUAAUUUGUGAUUACUAAUAAACGUAAUUAAUAAACGUAAAUUUAUAAACAUAUUAAUGUGUAAUUCAGUAAUAAUAAGUUGGAUUCAGAGAGAAAUAAUUAUUCAUGAUAAGGACUGUGCUAAACACAUUGCAGAGCUGAACUACACCAGCACAUGUUAUAUAACAGGACAAGGGUCUAAAAUUUGACUGAAGGGUGAGUUUUGUACUCCACAGCAUAAUGUGGUCAAUUUUUAAGUGUUUUUGUUUUUUUAAACUUGUGUUUCUGUGCUGUGUUAAAUGAAAUAGAACUGAGAUUCUCUUUAGGCCUGCAAUAAAUGAGAGGCCACUGACCUCUCAGAAGGCAGCUUCAGUAAAGAGCUCAUCUGUUAUGCAAAUUAUUAGACAAGAACUUGGUUCUCAUUUUCCCAACCCAAAAACACGGGAAAUGUCAGACUUCAAAGAACAGUGUCACACCCUAUAGUUAAAUUAUUGAAAUUAUUGUUGUGCAUAACAGUGUCCAAAUUGUGGGAGGGCCAUGUCCUUACCUUCUCUCACAUAUGUAUAAGAAUUCACCAAUGCUUAUUUUCUCUGUCUGAAUUCAUAAGCUUGAUUGACCUGAAUUAAAUUAAAUAUCAAUUGAAAUACAAUUCUGCAUACAUUUGACCUAGGUUGGCAGCUCUAAGGGUAUUUCAAUGCUAAUAACUUGUAACUGAAAAACUAGAUAAACACAUUUUUAGCCUGAGAAAACAUUUGUGUAUUUUGUUUUUUACUAUGAUUUGUUAAAAGAACUCUAUGUAGGCUUAUGGGAUGCAUCUAAACCGUGGUUCGAAUAUUCUUGUAUUUUUAUUUUUAUUUAUUAACCACAUAUAGUUUAAAGAUAUGACCUCUGAAAUGACCUCUGUAAGCUCUGAAAUAAAUGAAAUGAAAUUUCUGG